AUGUCUCUCUCGCCCUCCAGCUCCCUCAAUUUCAACGCCAGCGACUUCACCUCCCUACUCACCUUGGAUCCGUUGAAAUUGCAGUCCCAGUCUCAGCUCCAAGGCUCCCACAACCUCAACAUCAACAGCAAUAACAACAGCAGCUUGCACAACAGCUUCAACAACAACAUUGACACAAGCUCCAUUGGAAGCAACGACGACAAGUUCUACUCCCCCUUCAGCACAACUCCCAACUCUUCUAUACUAGAAAUCCACUCUCUUACUGCAAACAACAACAGUAACUUGAGAAACUCUUACACCUCAACCCAAAAGAUCACCACAACUAUCUCCAAUAUUGAUGUCAGUGUUAGCAAUGAUACUUCCAUUUUAAAUAACGAAACCUUUUUCAGGAAACACCACUCCUACAAUGAUUCUCAAUCAACUGAAAAGUUGCUAUUGUCUAAAAAUAUCAACAUUAAAAAUCCAAACGAACUCAGUAAAAAUAACAACAAUAACAAAACUAAAACUAAAACUAAAACCAAAAAUUUAAACAACUUUAUUCUUAACGAUAAUAAUAUUGUUAAUAACGAUAACAAUGAUAAUAACGAUAACAACGAUAACGAUAACGAUAAUACAGAAUACCUCGAUACUGACUUGGAUCUAAUUCGUAAAUUCUUAAACUCUUCUCCCUCGCAAAACAUUCUAUCAGAUAAUGAGUAUCUGAAUAUUUUAUCUCCCUCUCCAACAAACUCAACUACUACCACUACUUUAACUUCAAACACUCUAACCGCUAAAAACAUUAUAAACAAUACCUUAAUCAAUCCCAUAAAUACCCCCAUAAAUAACCAAAAUUCUUCAAAGAACCUCAUUAUCUCAAAAAAUCAAAAAAUUACUGACAAAAUUAAUAAUAAUAUUAUAUCCACUUCCAACAUUGACAAGAAGACCGAUAAUACCUCCUCCACCUCUACAUCUACUGCUAAUAACAAUGAUCCAAAUAAAAUUCACUCUAAAUCUACCGACACCAAUAAAGACGAAAUAGAUAAAUCUAAAAACAAAAACAACGACAAAGAUAAUGAUAACGAGUCUGACCCUGAGCUAACUCAAUCUCAAAUCGACGAAUUGAAAGGUUUGGCCUCCUCUCUUUACAACUUGACUUACAACGACAUUUCAAUUCAAGAUUACAUCCUCGUCCUAUGUUCUUCAAAUAAAAACUCAACAAAAUUACGCCAAUAUUACAUGAACAACUUUAACUUCUCCAAAAACUUGCUCUCCUCGUUAAGACUAUUGUGCAAUAAACUAUACUUUAGAGGCGAAUCCCAACACAUUGCAAGAAUCAUUGAAAGCUUUUCAAUAACCUACAACUCUUCCUUUCAAUAUAAAGUUCAAAACUAUCUCUACAUCAAUGAAUUUGGCGUUUAUCUUGUCGCCUACUCUUUAAUCUUACUAAACUCUGAUCUACACAACAAAAACGUCAAAAAACACAUAUCAAAGGACUUGUUUGUCAAAAAUACUUUAAACGCCUUAAAAUCAGAAAAACUAAAUAUCAAAAAUGAAUUAAGGCUAAUCAACCAAUUAAAAGUCUUUUACGAUAAUAUAGAACUAAACGAAUUGAAACUAUUAACUGCCACAAACCAAAAUGUAAUCUCAAACAAUAGCACAAACUUGAUUUAUAAUGAAAAAAGAAGAUUCAGUAAAUUUUCCCCAGACUACAACUCAAGUCAUCUUUUUAGCAGUAAUCAUAAUAUCACAACUACUACCGCUACCACCACUAAUAUCAAUAAUAAUGAUGAUAGUCAACGCAAUAACAAUAACAAUGAGUAUUACAUCAACAACGAUACCAACGAUACCAACCAUACUCCAAAUUCAAAGCUUUUAAUAAAUACACCAAAUCAUAACGCUAACAACAGUUCUCCCGUAAACUCACCAACUUACUCUAAAUGCUCGGCAAAUAAAAGAAUCUCUACCUUUAACAUCAGAAGAAGCAUGUCUUUUAACUAUAAUAGUGGAUCUCCAUUAGCAAAAACAAAAUCCUACAAUACUCCUUUAGCCCCUCCGUUUAUUUGA